GCUGUCGUUGUGGUUGUCGCCGCAAAUGUGGAGUGGUAGUUGCUUUACCAUCGCGCUGCUAAAGCGUCGCCGAUUCGCUGCUACAGUACCUGUAUCGAAUUUGCAUUUUAAAAGUCAAGCGUACCAUGGAAAUGAAGUCAACCGCCAGCCAGGUAAACAGAGCAACGGCCGCGUCUAGCGAUGACUCAUCCCCAUCGGCAUCGGCUGAGGCGACAGCCGCCGCAUAUAUGCGGCAGUUUGAGAAUAUUAUAGCACCAGGAAAAGAGGCAUCUAUGACCCGAGAGUUCAAGCCCCAAGUGGCCUACGAAUUUGAACGCUACUUAAAUCCCCAGAAACUCAAACAGCAUGUGCUACGCAGCGAGAAGCUGCGCUCACUGCUGGAACACUACGCGCAACAGACAGGGCAGCCGAUCAAACAGCUGGAGCAGCAGGCGCGUGCGAUUAUCGAUGAGAUCGGUUUGGAUCGAAACAUGGCCAUAAUACGCUGGUGCGGCAUUACAAUUACGGCCAUUGGUAAGCGCAUCUGUGAUGGUUUCUAUGUCAAUUCGACCAGCAUGGCCAAUGUGCGCAAGGAAAUGGGCCGCUGUCCAGUGCUGUAUUUGCCCAGCCAUCGCAGCUAUAUGGACUUCAUACUGAUGAGCUACAUAUGCUAUUACUAUGACAUCGAAAUACCAGGCAUAGCAGCCGGCAUGGAUUUUCACUCAAUGUUCGGCAUGGGCACCAUGCUACGCAAGACGGGCGCCUUCUUCAUGCGUCGCAGCUUCUCAAACGAUGAGCUUUACUGGGACAUCUUUCGCGAGUAUAUGUACGCUCUGGUCGCCAGAUACCACAUAGGCGUAGAGUUCUUCAUAGAGGGCACGCGCUCCCGAAAUUUUAAGGCUCUGGUGCCCAAGGUGGGUCUCUUGUCGAUGGCCUUACUGCCAUAUUUUACGGGCGAGGUGCCGGAUGUAAUGAUUGUGCCCGUCAGCGUGGCCUACGAGCGUGUGCUGGAGGAACAGCUGUUUGUCUAUGAGCUGCUGGGCGUGCCCAAGCCCAAAGAGUCCACGAAGGGUUUUUUCAAGGCUUUGAAAAUCAUCGACGAACGAUUUGGCAAAAUGUUUCUGGACUUCGGUGCGCCGAUCUCAGUGCGUGAAUUCUUUGGCCAUGACAGCACGCAGCGCAUGCAACGCGCCGGAUUGGGCGGAUCCCUGCAAAAGCUCAAUCGGCAGGAGAUCGAGCUAGUGAAGCAGCUGGCCAACGAGAUUAUCUACCAGCAGCAGCGCCGCAUUGUCAUCACCACAUUUAAUUUGCUAACUCUGUAUUAUGCCAGCAAACUAUAUGGACAGUGCAGCGUCAAUGUGGAUGAACUGUCCCGUGGUAUUUUGCAUUUAAAGCGGAUAUUCGAGAAGCUUGGAGCCCAUGUUAGCACCAGCGCGAAUAGCAUCAAGGCGGACGUGAUCGAUGCCGUAGAAAUUCACAGCAAUAUUCUGCAAUUUCGUGUAGGCAAACUUCAAUUCACUCCACUGGCUGCAGAACAGUUGGCGGCCCAGAUCGAUGUGCGGCGGCUGAAGGCGCACGCCUUAUGCCCACAAACGAUGGCGGUGGCUGUGCCGAUGUUGGCGCUGCAGCUCUACAUAAAUCCGUGCAUGUUUUGGCUGGCACGGCCCGCCUAUCUGUUGCUUGCCGCGCUCAAGGAGCAGCGACGUCAGCAGCAGCUGGACAAUCCGAGCUCGUACCAGGAGACGUUGGCUGCCCUGCACAACCAUGUGAGCAGUAUGGAUGCAUUGUUCCAGCAUGAGUUCAUCAUCGAAUCGAAUCGAGAGGCGGCCGAGUUUGAAACGCAUUUGAGUCUGCUGAUCGAGGAGCGUGCCCUGCAGCUGAAUGAGCACACGGGCAAGGUUAGUGUGCAGGAUAACGAGUGUACCAGAGUCAUACUGGCUGCACUGGCUCCAUUUCUCUGCCUCUACUACCAACUAGCGGUCACGUUGCGCCAGAUGUCGGGCGAAUUUAACUCCAAGGAUCUGUUGGUGCGCGUGCAACAGCACGUCGAACAGCUGCUGCAGCAGGCAGGCGGCACCGCAUUGCACGUGCAUCCCUAUUGUCUGGCCUUGGAUAAUCUAAACAUCGCUAUCUAUGCACUAAUACAGUCCGGUUAUUUGCACAAAUCUCGGGAGACGGGCCUGAUGAGCAUCGCUGCGGCAACACCGAUGAAGUGCCUCAGGCAACUAGAGCUGCAGCUGCUGGAGUAUUGUCAGCUAAUGCCAUUUACCCAAUACUCGAUGGCUGCCAACCAGCAGGCGCAGUCGCAUAUGGCCAAAUUAUAACUGACAAAUGGCAAGCGGUUGGCGCCUGCCAGCACUCCGCUGCCUACAACAAUGUCCUCGACCCAGGGUGAUCAUAGUACAAUAUCACUAUUUAUUCAAUGCAUUGUCAGCCUGCUCAAGAAUUGUCGGAUCAUUUGCAUACU